CCUUGUUCUUUGCUCUCUACAAAGUGUUCCAUAAAUUUUUGAAUGAUAAAUAUUUGAAUAGUCCAUAUUUGAGUUUGUGACUGAGUUGUUUGUGGUUUCGAAAAUAUGGCUGAUUGGAUUUAUUGUAAUAAAUGUGCAAUGAUAUAUAAACCACAUCUGAAGUAUUUCCUGACUGAAUGUAGCCAUAUUUUUUGCCAGUCCUGCAUUGUGGGGAUAAAAGAAACAAAAUGCGUUAUAUGCCAGACAUCAAACCGCUACAUUGAAAUAUGCAAAGAGAUGGAACCGGAUAUCAAAAUAUACUUCACUCCAUUCGACCAGUAUAUAAAAAAAGGAAUGGAAAUCUGGCAGUUUCAGUUGCAGCAACGAAUGAGGCAGUUGCAGACAGUAACGAAAAAAUAUGCGUUCGCAAAGAGGGAGUGCAUAAAAAUUCACAACAAGAACAAGGAAUUAGUCCAACAAAAUAAAAUGUUACAUACCUUGCUUGAACAAGCGAAGGAAUCAAUAAAGAACGGUAGAGUACCAGAAUUUCUAUUCAGACCAAACCAUCAAUUAGCCACCAGUACUCCUUCAGCUAUGACUCCGGCCAUGACGUCUGACAGAACUGGCAUGGACAACAUGAGCCAGAUAUCUUCAAUCCCGCCAUGCACCCCUGGUUCCAAUUACGGAUCCGUUCCAACGCCAACUGGGUGGAAUCGGGCGAUGGUCAGUAGAGAAGGUCAACAUCUCUCACAGGUUGGUAAAAUUUAUAAUUAGAAUCAUAGCAAGGAGGUUCACAAUAUUAUAAGAAGUAACACAUUACAUACCUCGG